AUGCUUCAAAGAUCUUUCCUCUGGGGAGGUGAUGAAGUGAAGAAGAAGAUUAGUUGGAUUGGUAUGGAGAUAUCCAAACAUCUAUGCUUGGAGACUCGAGAAUUUAUUUGUGAAGUAAAAUGUCACUUUGGUGGAGGGAUCUUUGUGCGGUCGAGAGAUUGGAUUCAGAACCGUUGGCCAAUUGGUUUACUUCUUCUAUCUCGUGCAAACAUCGUUAUGGUUUCUCAUAUGAGGCAGUGGGUUGAUGGUGUUUGGGUUUGGUCCGUUCGGUGGCGGUCUUGUCCUGAUGUUCGGAAAGCAGUCGCUCAGAUUCAGGAGUUGUUGCUCUUGUUGCUUCCGAUUCAACCGCAGUAUUCUAUUACGGAUUCUUUUGGUUGGUGGAGGAAAGGUAAUGGUUACAUUAUUAGUAAUUGUUAUGAUUGCAUUUUGAAAAAUGAAUCACGAUCUUCAGAGUUGGAUGUUCAACUUUCUUUGGCUUGGGUUAGUUUAAGAAAAACUAAGGUUCCUAGUAAAAUCCAUAUUUUUGGGUGGAGAUUAAUUUGGAAUAGACUUUCAACAAAGUCAGAGAUUCUCAAGUGCGGGGUGUUGAGAAGGGUGCGUAACUUGGUUUGUCCUCUUUGUUUUGGCGUGGAGGAAGAUAUUGAUCAUCUCUUUUGUGAUUGCACCGUUUCUAAGGCGUGGUGGAACAAUAUUUGUCUUUGCCUUCAGAUUGACGAUUCUUCUUUUUCUUGUCGCUUUUUGGAUCGUCUUCUAUCGUUGGAGCAUUCUUGUAAGUUAGCUUUUGUCUUCAAUACGGGUUGGUUAUUUGGGUUAAUUACUUGUUGGGUAAUUUGGAAAUGUAGGAAUGAUAUCCUUUUUAAAGAACUCAUUUUGUCAAAUAUUGACGGGGUGGGUUUGAUAAAAUUGCUUGCGUGGGAUUGGUCAUUUCUGUGUUUUAAAAUUAGGAGUUCUUUGUCUUGA